CCGCAGAGGCAGGCUACGUGCUUGCGCAGCACGCACGGCUGGGGAGGGGUUCGCGGCGGGCGGCGGGCGGCGGAGGCGCGGGGCCUGCUCCCGCCGGCACCAUGGCCAAGACCGUGGCCUAUUUCUACGACCCCGACGUGGGCAACUUCCACUAUGGAGCUGGACACCCUAUGAAGCCCCAUCGCUUGGCAUUGACCCAUAGCCUGGUCCUGCAUUACGGUCUCUAUAAGAAGAUGAUCGUCUUCAAGCCAUACCAGGCCUCCCAGCAUGACAUGUGCCGCUUCCACUCCGAGGACUACAUUGACUUCCUGCAGAGAGUCAGCCCCACCAAUAUGCAAGGCUUCACCAAGAGUCUUAAUGCCUUCAACGUAGGCGAUGACUGCCCAGUGUUUCCCGGGCUCUUUGAGUUCUGCUCGCGUUACACAGGCGCAUCUCUGCAAGGAGCAACCCAGCUGAACAACAAGAUCUGUGAUAUUGCCAUUAACUGGGCUGGUGGUCUGCACCAUGCCAAGAAGUUUGAGGCCUCUGGCUUCUGCUAUGUCAACGACAUUGUGAUUGGCAUCCUGGAGCUGCUCAAGUACCACCCUCGGGUGCUUUACAUUGAUAUUGACAUCCACCAUGGUGACGGGGUUCAGGAAGCUUUCUACCUCACUGACCGGGUCAUGACGGUGUCCUUCCACAAAUACGGAAAUUACUUCUUCCCUGGCACAGGUGACAUGUAUGAAGUCGGGGCAGAGAGUGGCCGCUACUACUGUCUGAAUGUGCCCCUGCGGGAUGGCAUUGAUGACCAGAGUUACAAGCACCUUUUCCAGCCGGUUAUCAACCAGGUAGUGGACUUCUACCAACCCACAUGCAUUGUGCUCCAGUGUGGAGCUGACUCUCUGGGCUGUGAUCGAUUGGGCUGCUUUAACCUCAGCAUCCGAGGGCAUGGGGAAUGCGUCGAAUAUGUCAAGAGCUUCAAUAUCCCUCUACUGGUGCUGGGUGGUGGUGGUUAUACUGUCCGAAAUGUUGCCCGUUGCUGGACAUAUGAGACAUCGCUGCUGGUAGAAGAGGCCAUUAGUGAGGAGCUUCCCUAUAGUGAAUACUUCGAGUACUUUGCCCCAGACUUCACACUUCAUCCAGAUGUCAGCACCCGCAUCGAGAAUCAGAACUCACGCCAGUAUCUGGACCAGAUCCGCCAGACAAUCUUUGAAAAUCUGAAGAUGCUGAACCAUGCACCUAGUGUCCAGAUUCAUGACGUGCCUGCAGACCUCCUGACCUAUGACAGGACUGAUGAGGCUGAUGCAGAGGAGAGGGGUCCUGAGGAGAACUAUAGCAGGCCAGAGGCACCCAAUGAGUUCUAUGAUGGAGACCAUGACAAUGACAAGGAAAGUGAUGUGGAGAUUUAAGAGUGGCUUGGGAUGCUGUGUCCCAAGGAAUUUCUUUUCACCUCUUGGUUGGACUGGAGGGAAAAGGAGUGGCUCCUAGAGUCCUGGAGUGGUCACCCCAGGGCUUUUGCUGACUCUGGGAAAGAGUCUGGAGACCACAUUUGGUUCUCGAACCAUCUACCCCCUUUUCCUCUCUCUCCUAAGGCCUGACAGUGGUACCUAUUAGGGAUGAGAUAUGGACAAGGAUAGCUAUAUGGGACAUUAUUGGCAGUGGGCCCUGGAGGCCAGUCCUUAGCCCCCCUUGUCCCUUAUUUCUUCCCUGCUUCCCUCCAACCCAGAGAUUUUGAGGGACGAACGGGUAGACAAGGACUGAGAUUGUCUCUGACUUCCUUCUCCCCUGGGUUCUGACUUCUUCCUCCCCUUGGUUCCAGGGAAGAUGAAGAGAGAGGGAUUUGGCAGGGGCUCUGGGUCCCUGACACCUGAAUCCCAGAUGAUGGGAAGUAUGUUUUCAAGUGUUGGGAAGAUAUGAAAAUGUUCUGUUCUCACUUUUGGCUUUAUGUCCAUUUUACCACUGUUUUUAUCCAAUAAACUAAGUCGGUAUUUUUUGUACCUUU